AUGGCGGAUGGGGCUUCGUCGAUUUCCGUGGCCGUGAGAGUGCGGCCCUUCACCAUCCGCGAGGCCGCUCAGCUUGUCAAGACCGACGAUGGGCCAAUGUUCCUGGGCGACGGCAGCUUGGCUGCUGCCCCGCCCAAACUGAACCACAAGGGCCUUCGCCCUGUCCUCAAGGUGGUGGAUGAAAGAUGUUUAGUAUUCGACCCCCCGGAAGACAGCCCCAUGCACCGCUUCUCGAAAUCCGUGGUCCCGAUGGGAAAGAAGGUCAAAGAUCAAACUUUUGCCUUUGACAAGGUCUUCGACGACAACACUACGCAGGGUGAUGUGUACGAGGGGACGACCCGGCCUCUGCUGGACAGCGUGCUGGAGGGUUACAAUGCUACGGUCUUCGCAUACGGCGCGACGGGCUGCGGAAAGACGCACACAAUCACUGGAACUGCACAGCAACCUGGUAUCAUCUUCCUGACGAUGCAGGAGCUCUUUGAAAGGGUGGCCGAGCUGCAGGAGACGAAAUCCACGGAGAUCUCGCUUUCCUAUCUGGAGAUUUAUAACGAGACAAUCCGCGAUUUGCUGGUACCGGGCGGUAGCAAGCAGGGCUUGAUGCUGCGAGAGGACGCCAACCAGGCGGUGUCUGUGGCCGGUUUGACAAGCCACCACCCACAAAAUGUCCAGCAAGUCAUGGAGAUGAUCGUACGCGGUAACGAAUGGCGAACGAUGUCCCCUACCGAAGCCAACGCUACCUCGUCCCGUUCGCACGCCGUUCUCCAAAUCAACGUUGCAUCUAAGGAUCGCAACGCGGGUACCAAUGAGCCGCACACAAUGGCAACACUGAGCAUCAUCGAUUUGGCGGGUAGUGAACGUGCUAGCGCGACAAAGAACAGGGGAGAGCGUCUGAUUGAAGGUGCCAAUAUCAACAGGUCUCUUCUCGCGCUCGGAAGCUGCAUCAACGCUCUAUGCGACCCCCGCAAGCGCAACCAUGUCCCUUACCGCAACUCCAAGCUCACACGACUCCUCAAAUUCUCCUUGGGCGGUAAUUGCAGGACUGUCAUGAUUGUCUGCGUUAGUCCGUCCAGCGCACACUACGACGAGACACAGAAUACUCUCCGGUAUGCAAACCGGGCGAAGAACAUCCAGACCAAGGUGACGAAGAACGUGUUCAACGUGAACCGUCACGUCAAGGACUACCUGAAGAAGAUCGAUGAGCAGCGGCAGAUGAUCGACGAGCUCACGGCAAAGAUGAAGGACUUCGAAGGCUCCGCUUAUGUCAAGUUCAAGAAGCAGAGCGAGAAGCGCGAUGGUCUGACAAAGGAUGGCAUUACUCGGAUCCGGGCUGCGUACGAGCAUGCGGGUGCGGAGCGGAAUGAGCGGACGAACAUGAUGAAGAAGCUGAGGCAAAUUGAGCGCCGCAUCAGCUUGAUUUCGGCAUGGAUUGCUGGGUUCGACGGCAUUUGUGAGAAGAGGGAAGAUGAGGACCCGCCCAAGUCUUUGGCAGCGAUGCGUAAAACGGCGCUGGGCGUCCAGGCUGAGCUGGAAGGCAGCAGGCAGCAUUACCACCAGCGGAUCGCCAAGAACAACUGGGAGCGGGCGGUCGAUACUGCACUGCAGAUGGGUGUGCGGCAAUUGAAGGAGGCCGAGGGAUCAGAUGUCGGCAGCGAGAUCGCCACCCUGCAGCGCGAGGCAGAGUUGCUCAAGUCAAGAGCGGACCGGGAAGCAUACACAGCAGUGCUUGACCAAGAGAGAGGAGGGGAUGCGCCAAUUGUGCAGGUACUUGUUCAGGCACACUUUGAGACUGUGGCCAUUCUUGGCCAGAUCAUGGCAAUGGACGAGGAGGAAGCCAUACGCACAGCAAAGGAUAUGCUGGGCAAGCUAGUCACUUCAAGCACGGACGUAACAUCACAGGUCAUCAAGCCCGAAGGUGGUCUCCCCGUCGUCGAAGCCUUUCCCCCCACGCACCGCGGCACGCCGAAGCGCAGGAAGCCGGUUAACCUGCUGGGUCCGUCGCCGUACAAGGGAAUCCCGCCUCCAGGUUUCUUGAGCCCAGCACGUCCAAGCUUGAUGCCUACCUCGCCCAGUAAGAUCAUCACCUCCCCACGGCGCCGCAAGCUCGGUCCCGCAAAGAAGGGCAUACAGUUCACACCCAAGAAGAAGAGUCCCGUCAAACGCGGCGUGAGGUGGCGGGACGAUACGGAGGACGGGCAACUCGCGGAUUUUACGGAUACGCCCCAAGCCGUCGAGGCCUCCCCCGAGACCAUUAACGCAUCGCAAUCCCUCGAUGCCAUCGUCUCUAGCAAUAACGUUGACGAUUCGUCAGAGCUGAAUUCCUCGCCCAUCCCCGCACCUCCUCAUUCGAGCCUCGAAGUCAAACCCGCGCCGCGCUCCAGCCGCUUCCAGACAGGCUUCCUUUCCAAGAGGGCCGAGAACGGCCCACACAGCUCGCCGCUUCUUCCAGCAUUUAGCUCCGACUCGGAAGUUAGCCCAUUACGCGAGAUGGCCGCCAACAAGGCGCCUCACCAGCUAAUGCGUUCACAGCUGCACGUCGUGUCGGGGUCUCACUCAUCGGACGCGACGCCCAAUGACAGCGAGAAGACAUCAGGGAGCGGCUCUGACGAGGAUAGGAGCUGGCUAGUCGACAACCACGCCGCCGUCUCCAAGAUCCGCACCGCCAUCAAGCGCACGGGCACCGCCACGGCCGGCCACGGGCACAGCGCCAGCGUCGGCGGCAACGGCAUGCGCGUCCGAACCAAGCGCAUCAACAGCCCGCCGAGCGUCCUGCAUGGCCGCCGCACCAGCAUCAGCAAGCAACCCGGCCCCGGCGCGGCGCCUCGCAGGGUUACGAUGAGCGAGGAUAGGGGCAGGGGUGCGGGUGUGACGGGCUUGGCUAGCGGUGGACCCGUGCGUCCAGGUGUGAGGGCUGGUGGGAGCACCGGGUCGAAGAGCGCGUGGCGCUAG